CAACAAGUCAACACCACGACCAAGCCCAGCCUCCUCUUUUACUUUUCUCCAAAACCAAUCCAAUCUCUGAAAAUCCUUACGACCAAAAAAAUCCCGAAUUAUGAAUGUAGCUGCCAUUGUUUCAACCACCGCCGCCGCCUCACUUCGCCUCCCUUAUCACCGCAACCCCCAUCGCUACUCUCGCUUCGGCUUCGUAUUUUGGAGUUCUUAUUAUUCAUGCUGGAAGAGGAAGCGAAGGAUAAGCAUGUCUGGAAUCUCUAAUUUUCUUCCUCCAUCCGCCGCUAUUUCCACUUAUUCUUCUGACGCUACCACGGAGAUGGAGUCUCAGGCGGUUCCUAAGCCUAAGCAGCAGCAACAGUGGCUUAUUGUCGGCCUUGGGAACCCCGGCAGGAAAUAUCAAGGAACCCGCCACAACGUUGGUUUUGAGAUGCUAGACGCAAUAGCGGAAGCCAAUGGGAUAUCUGUGAGCAGUGUUUCCUUUAAAGCCCUAGUUGGUAAAGGUUUUAUUGAAAAUGUUCCAGUAAUGCUUGCCAAACCACAGACUUUUAUGAAUUCAAGUGGUGAGUCUGUAGGGGCCAUUGUUUCAUAUUACAAGAUUCCAUUAAAGCAAGUACUAGUGAUUUUUGAUGACUUAGAUUUGCCUUUUGCCAAAUUGCGGCUGUUGCCAAAAGGUGGACAUGGAGGACAAAAUGGAAUGAGAAGCAUCAUAGAUCACUUCAAAGGGAGCCGUGAUUUUUCUCGGUUAAGAAUUGGGAUUGGGCGGCCUCCUGGAAAGAUGGAUCCUGUCAAUUUUGUUCUUCGGCCCUUUAAUAAGCAAGAACGAGAAGAGUUGGAUUUUACUUUUGAACGCGGUGUAGAAGCAGUACGGAUUCUUUUACUUGAGGGGUUCAACAAAGCUGCAACGUAUGUUAACAGUGACAAACCCGUGGAACAACUAGGUUAAAUAACUGCACGAAGUGAGUUUUUCGGGUGAAAAUAAGUUUCCGGAUUUACAAAGUGUGGAAUUUUUUUCCUUGAUAGUGAGUACUGAGUAUUGUAAAAAUCCAUGUCCCCAGGGUGAUAUGUUACAAAAAUGCACUUGGAUAUUAAUUGCAACCCCCUUUCCAAGAGAUGCAACCAUAAUGGGACUCACAUAUCUAUUUUUUGAAGGAGCCAUUGCUGCCAUUCAAUAGUUAAGAAUUGAGCUUAUUACGCGAAAGAUGUUGUUGUUAAUGUUAUGGUUAAUAUUUUUUAAAGCAAGCUGCUUGUAAUAGAUCAGCAAUUCUUUCAUCUCAACACUCGUUGUCGAACCACACAAGGUAACAUUUUCUGA